AUGGCCGCUGGCGCCAGCGCCAGGGACUACUCUUUCGCGGCGGAGUACGACGGCCCGCCGCUCCCCUACUCGCUCCCGCGCGCCAUCCCGCUCGACCUCUCCCGCAUCCCGCUCGCCGCGCUGUCCUCCUCGCCCCCGGCCUCCCCCUCCGCCUCCUCGUCCCCGCUCCCCGUCGUUCGCCCGCUCACCCCGUCCUCCCUCUGCUCCGCCAUCCACGCGCACGCCCACCCGGCGCCCCGCUCCGCCGCCCCCGCGCCCGCCGCGGGAGGAGCUGUGGUGGAUUCCCCCACCUCCGUCAUCGAGAACCACCACGCUGCCGCGCACCACUCCGCCGAGCUCCCCUCUUCCCCCUCCGACGACGAGGGCGCCGGCGGCGGCCCCGAGGCGCUGCCGCUGAAGCCCCGUCACCACCAGCCCGCGGUCACCUUCGCCGAGACCAGCGGCUCCCUCCUCCAGUCGUCUGACGACGAGGACGAGUACGAGGAGGAGGAGGACGAAGAUGCCGACGCAGGGGAGGCCCGCCCCCGCGCUGCUGCCGGCCAGUCGAGCGGCUCCCUCUCCCCCGCUCACUGGAGGGGCGGCAGGACCCGCGGCUGCUACAGGUGCGGGAAAGGAGGCGGCUUCUGGGGCCGCGACAAGGAGUCGUGCCUCGCCUGCGGCGCGCGGUACUGCGUCGGGUGCGUGCUCCGGGCGAUGGGCUCCAUGCCGGAGGGGCGCAAGUGCCUGGAGUGCAUCGGCCGGCCAGUGGCCGAGUCCAGGCGGGGCGCGCUGGGGCGAGGGUCGCGCGUCCUGCGGCGGCUUCUCAGCGCGGCGGAGGUGGAGCUGGUCAUGAGGAGCGAGCGGGAGUGCGCCGCGAACCAGCUGCGGGCGGAGGACGUGUACGUCAACGGCACCAAGCUGUCGCCUGAGGAGCUUGUGGUGCUGCAGGGGUGCCCGUGCCCGCCGUCUAGGCUCCGGCCGGGGUUCUAUUGGUACGAUAAGGUGUCUGGCUUCUGGGGAAAGGAGGGACACAAACCACAUUGCAUAAUCACUGCAAAUCUAAAUGUUGGAGGUUCUCUAGAUCAAAAAGCAAGCAACGGGAACACCGGGAUAUUGAUUAAUGGGCGAGAGAUUACAAAAUCUGAACUGCAAAUGCUUAAGUUGGCAGGAGUCCAAUGUGCUGGGAAACCUCACUUUUGGGUGAAUGCUGAUGGGACUUACCAAGAGGAAGGCCAAAAAACUGUUAAAGGAAAGAUCUGGGAUAAGCCUAUAGUGAAGCUUCUUAGUCCUGUUCUGUCAUUGCCAACACCCAACAAAGCAGCUAAUCAAUCUGGCGAAGAUGCUGUUAACAUAGUAAAUCGAGUCAUCCCUGACUAUCUGGAACAAAGAACAACCCAGAAGCUUUUGUUGGUUGGGUCAGGGGCAAGCACCAUAAUCAAGCAGGCCAAGUUCUUGUACAAGAGCGGCAAGCCAUUUUCGGUGGAUGAGCGCGAAGACCUGAAACUUAUCAUACAAAGCAACAUAUACAACUACCUUGGCAUAUUACUUGAAGGCCGUGAGCGGUUUGAAGAGGAAUCUUUAGCUGAUAGAAGAAAAAUCAGUCCAAGUGACCCAUCUAGCUCUGGCUGUUGUGAAUCUGGAGUAUGUGAUGAAGUCACUGAGUACUCCCUUAUUCCACGCUUGAAAGCAUUCUCGGAUUGGAUUCUUAAAGCAAUGGCUUUAGGUAAUCUUGAAGACAUCUUUCCUGCAGCAAGCCGUGAAUAUGCACCACUUGUUGAGGAACUAUGGAAAGAUCCUGCUAUUCAAGCUACAUAUAGAAGAAGAAGUGAACUGCCGUUCCUUCCACCCACUGCCAAUUAUUUUCUUGACAAGGCUGUUGAUAUUUCUCGAGCGGAAUAUGAGCUCUCAGAUAUGGAUAUACUGUAUGCUGAUGGGAUUACAUCCUCAGAUGGGUACCAGUUGAUCAGGAUAAACAGUAGAGGUUUGCAUGAGAACUGCAAAUGGUUGCAAAUGUUCGAUGAUGUAAGGCUUGUUAUCUUUUGUGUUGCCGCUAGUGACUAUGAUGAGUACUACGAAGAUGCAAACGGUACCAUUGUCAACAAGAUGGUAGAGAGCAGGCAACUGUUUGAGAGCAUUGUCCUUCAUCCAACAUUUGAGCAAAUGGAUUUCCUUCUACUCCUCACCAAGUCUGAUCUCCUGGAGCAGAAGAUCAACGAUUCCCCACUGACCUCAUGCGACUGGUUCGACGACUUCACUCCUCUGAUCAGCCGCAACCUUCUCAGCAGCAGCAGCAAGUCCACGCGCAGCAGCACUGGCGCGACGCUGCCCCAGAUGGCCGCACACUACAUGGCGACAAAGUUCAAGAGGCUGUUCCAGUUGCUGACUGACCGUAAGCUCUACGUGUCCUAUGUGAACACCCUGGACCAGGAGUCGGUCCGGUUGGCGAUCCACUACGGGAGGGAGAUCGUCAAGUGGGAGGAAGAGAAGCCCGUGUUCGGUGCCAGCGAGACGGUCUACAGCGAGGAGCCGAGCUCCUUCACUCACUGA